AUGUCGUUCAGCUGGAAAGGCCUUCUGGGCGUCAACCAGACGUCGGCUUCGUCGUCCUUGGCCUCUCCCAACACUUCCGCGUCCACCUCUGCCUCCAAUGCUAACGUCACAAGCCAUGCCACGCCGAAUUCAGUCACUUCCAACACGGCACCCUCGUCCACUGUGGCAGGCUCCUCCGCCUUGGGCACGUCUUCCUCACGGACACCGCUCAACGCCAACCCUUACUCGGCGAUGCCAUCCUCAGCUCCGACACCAACCCUUUUUGGCGGCAUGAUUCCCAGCACCACCUCGUAUCACAGCACCAGCUUCAUCCCAUCAUCAUCCUCCACCACCCAGUCGUCCAUUGCCUCCCGCAAGCCAUCCGAUAUCCCUGUGAACGCCGUCGAGGGUGGAGGAUAUCUUCUUGGCAUGGAGAACUUUGGCAAUACCUGCUACGUCAACUCGGUGCUUCAGUCGCUCUACUUUUGUCGACCCUUUCGGGACUCAGUGCUCAGCUACAAGACCUCAGGCCGAGAGCGAUCUCAGUCGGAUGUUGGCAGCCAGAACGGCAUCCAUUCCAUCAGCGAUCUUGUCGCUCGCGCACCAUCAGAUACCGCACCCGAGGCCACCGACGGCAUCCCCCCUCCAGACACCCUCUUCGCGUCGCUGCGUGACCUUUUCGAAGUGAUUCAGCAGUCUGGACAACACAAAGCCCUGGCGUCGCCCACGCAGGCCACCGCUCCGGGCUCGCUGCCUAUCACCAGCCCCUUGUCACCUUCCCCUCCCACCACGGGCUCUGCAGAGCAGACACUCGUCACCAGAAAGACCUCGAUUCUAGGUCGCCCGUCCACUGCCGGCGCUACUUCUGGCAGAGGCGGUGCAGGCAAUCACAUUGUCUCUCCUGCCUCUGUCGGUGCCAGUGCCACGGCAGCGCAAGCCAUUCCCAUCACUCCCAACUCGGUCGCGGGCUCAGGACCACCCACCUUGUCCGUCUCGACCAGCUCCAUCGGGACGCUGGCUUCUGGCUUUCCUUCUGUAGACUCAGCUGCUGUCAAGGCGUUCCUCGGCACCCUCAAGCGCGAAAACGUGCUGUUCGACAGUACCAUGCACCAGGACGCGCACGAGAUGCUCAACUUUGUGCUCAACAAGGUUGGAGAGGACCUCAUCGACGCCGACAAAGCCAAGAGCCGCGUCAAGAUGCAGAGCCGCAAUCCUUACCUCAACAUGAGAACCGAUUCGGACAAGACCGUCGAUGCCCAACGCAAACGCAACGUUAUGGAGGUCGGGCCAAACGGCAAGACGUGCGUGCAUCGCCUCUUUGAAGGUGUCCUGACCAACGAGACUCGUUGCCUUACGUGUGAGACCGUCACAUCGCGCGACGAGUGCUUUCUGGAUCUCUCGAUUGAUAUCGACAAGAACUCAUCCGUCACCUCUUGCUUGCGUCAGUUUUCGGCCUCCGAAAUGCUGCGCUCGAGAAACAAAUUCUUCUGCGAUUCUUGCUCGGGUCUGCAGGAGGCUGAGAAGCGUAUGAAGAUCAAGAAGCUCCCCAACCUGCUUGCCUUGCACCUCAAGCGAUUCAAGUACGAGGAGACGGUGCAGCGAUACGUCAAGCUGGCUUACCGUGUCGUGUUCCCGCUCGAGCUUCGACUCUUCAACACCUCGGACGACGCCGAAGACCCGGACCGGCUGUACGAGCUCUGUGCGAUUGUGGUGCAUAUCGGGGCAGGGCCGCAUCACGGACACUACAUUGCCGUAGUCAAAGUGGGCACUCGCUGGAUUCAGUUUGACGACGACGUCGUCACCUACAUUGACGAAGCCGAGCUCACCAAGUAUUAUGGCGAUCGUCCCGGUCUUGGUAGCGCCUACGUGCUCUUCUAUCAGGCGGUUGAUCUGAACUUUGAAGGUCUUGGUCUUGAGGACCCUGCGAUUCAAGCUUUGAGCCAGCAACGCAACGCCGCAGGUGCUGGUGUUGAGGGCAGAGGAAGAGCUGGGCUCAAGGUACCUGAUGCGGGGGAUCAACGCAGCAACAUCUCACCCGACCGAUCCGGUGCAGCUGCGACGACCGCAAAUCGACCUCGUCUCGACUCGGUGACCGAAGGAAGCCCACUCGUUUCGGUCGGUGCAGGCCAGUCAGAAACAAGUCAAGGAAGCAAUGGAUGGUUUGGAUCCUUCCGCAAUCGCGAGAAGAGGGCUGGAAGUCAAUCGAGAAGGAGGCCAAAAACAACAUCAUCCAUGGAGCCUGUCCCUGGUGCUACACCUGGCUUGCCCAGCUGGCCGACUUCGACCACACAUGGCGAUCUCGCCAAACUUGCAGGAGCUGCCGAAGGUGAGGGGGUGACACCCGACAAUGCCUCGGUAUCGACUCACUCGACUUCUGCGAACGAAGGCACCUCUCGGGGCACGCCUGCUCUGACCUCGUCUUCCAUCAUGACGCCAGCUACCGAAAGCUCUGCUUCAUCAGCGUCGACGCAGGCUGCUCCGUCGACGAAAGUAGGCAGCUCGCGCGCUGGAGCAGAGACGGUCGCGUCGCCGGUGCGCAAUGGCACGCCAGCAGCCAACUUUGCGUCAGCGACGAGCUCAGAUGCCAAUGUGAGCCGAGCCACGACCGAGUCGCCAAGCGAGUCCAAGUAUGGGCGCAUGAUGGCGAAUCAGGCGGAUGCUGCGGCCAAUCGGGAAGCGAAGGAGCAGAACUUGAUGCGUGGUGUCAUGAAUCGCCGAGCUCGCGCUGCUUCCGAGGGCUUUCCUUCCUCAGGCAUGCUGGCAGAAGCACCGGCUGGUGCUAGUGGCCCGUUAGCCAUGUUCGGAGGAGCGAGGCUCGUCGCGGAACCAGAGGAAGGUCAUCGUGCUGUUGUGACUCCGCUUGCUGCUGGCACGAGCGCAUCGGCAGCAUCGACGAUAGCGACUUCGGCCUCGCCUCUACGCGAAGCAGCGGGAGGAUUCGCGCCUCUGGACAGACUGAUGCCAUCAAAGACGCAAAAAGCACAGGCCAAAACGGCACGCAGAGCAUCAUCGAGCUACACGCCCUUGUCGCCGAUGGCAGAGAAGGGAGAAAAGAAGGAAGGCAUGCUGUCCAACCUGUUUUCUUCAUCGUCCUCCUCCGGCUCGACGGCUCAGUCGAAGCGCAACUCGAUGCAGCACUUGGCCAACGGCACCAGCGGCGCCGCAACAAGUGCUGCCGAGGAAGGUGGACUUCCAACGCGCAAGGCGAGUCUGUCGAGUCGAACGUUGAGCAAAACCUUUGGGUUCGGCCGCAAGCAGAACUGA